GUAAUCGACUAUGUUGUGAAGGUUGCCGCUUAUCUGCCAAAGGCGAGAAUCGGAAUAGUGUUGGGCAGUAGGCCUCCGCAGACCAUUCUUGAUAUGGGAACCUAUUCGGAGGCUGAGAUACGGAACAAAGUUACUGCACCAACUGAACCGUUGAAGGAAAAGGAAACAGCUCAGGUUCUCGAGUUAGGCAAAAGGCUUCUUGAAGGCGAAACCAGGAAACAUAAGAUCAUUCUCAUAAUGUCGGAUGGUAGGGAAUCUACGUACUAUCAGAAGGACAAACCGAAUGAUGACGAAACAAGCAUCGCAGAAUUAGUAAGA